CAAUCGCAACAACCCGUUUCGUCAAGACAAACCCAAAAUGGCCGAAUCAAGUGAAACGAAAACGGACGUUGUCGAAGAAGAAAAAGAAGAUGGUAGCGCACAGGAAAGCGAUUCCAAGGGUUUAGUAGCAGCACCAAAGUUUCUGUUUGGUCAAAACAUGGGACAGAGAGUGCAGCUAAAGAGACAAGCAGAUAAACAGUUGGACCCUGAUAGCAUAAAUGAAGAAGAUGAUGAAUCAAGUUCAGAAGAGGGAGGAAUUUUCUAAGGCAUCACCCAAUGUAUUAGCAAAGAGACCAAUAGCUGUACCCAGUAAUGAAUUUAAACCAGCUCUCAAGAUAAGGCCUAUGUCUAUCAGACCAGUUUUUUCAACAGCAGAAGAAUCAUGGGGUGAAUCAGCCAGCUGUAAGGUUCUUCUCCGACCAUCAAGCCUUCCUGGGCCUUUUAAGUUGAAAGCACCUAGUUUAACUGCCCCAGACACAAAAAGUCCCAGUCAGACAUCGAUACAAAAUGAGCCUGUUGAAAGUGUAGAAAACGGAACAGACAAAAUUUCUGAAAAACAGUCUGAACAGUUGGAGGCAAAGUCCAAGACAGUCGAGAAGAAAGAAAAUGGAAAAAAUUCAGAGGCGUUGACAAGUAAUUCAUCUACAUCUUCAAGUAAAGAAAACUUCUUCAUGAAAUUAGCCGAACCAGAAGCUUCAAACACCUGGGCAGGAACUCAGAUUGUUCCGGGUAAAAUUACGUCAACUGAAAAGCUAUUUACAACUAACAAGGAAAGCACAAGUAAAGAAAACUAUUGGACGCAGUGCAACUCCAUUCAAGCCAAAUCCUUGGAUGAUGUGAAGGAAGAAGCUGCUCCCAAAGUAAAUAGUUCUAGUGGUUUUGUUUUUGGCAGAAUGAUGAAUGAAAGAGUUUGUACCCCUAAAAAGAGGAAAAUAGAUGGUGAGGAGGAGGAGAGCAACAGGAGUAAAACGUCUCCUUCAUCUACGAAGAUCCUUAGUAAACUGGCUAAGUCAGAUAAUGAAGAGUCACAAGAUGAAAGCUCCGAAACUAAAGAUAUUGAUAGUCCGCCUGCUAAAUCAUUAGUAGAAAGUGCAAUUGCAUAUGAAGAAGCCAAAGAAAGCAACCGAUUAAAAUUAGAUGAAGUCCCUGUAGUAACUGGUGAAGAGAGUGAGGAGAAUGUUAUCCAAGCACAGUGUAAAUUAUUUCUGUUUGAACCAGAUAGUUAUUCAUGGCUUGAGAAAGGCCGUGGUACGCUACGCAUCAAUGAUCAAAGCCAGUCUUCAAAGGCACUCUCCUUCCAAUCUAGAAUAGGCGAGUAUAUUAGCAAUCUUCUUUUUGUCUUUUACUUGACCUUACUAUCUUUCUACCUAAGGUUUUGUUAA